UUUUCUUAUCUCUGUACGAAACUCGUAUAUAUACAACCAAGGCUUACAGCUAACCCUUUCCGUUCUCCGCAACAUAGCUAAACAACGAUGGGCUCCCUCUUCAUGUGUGUAUUUGCGCUUGUUCUCAGCGUGGCGUAUAGCCAAAGUGUAACUGACUUGGCUAACGGCGUUUUCCACUCGCUUGACGCCAACAAGGACGGUACACUGGAGCUUGGCGAACUGGAAGGCUACUUUAAUACUGGUGAUAUCGACGGUGAUGGCAAAAUCUCAAAGAGCGAUUUCCUGACACUUCUCCAGGGAAACAAAGUCUUUGCAGAAAAGGAGUUCGCCAAAUACGAUGCCAACAGUGAUGGAACUAUAACCUUGGAUGAUGUGAAGCUAAUUUUCAACCAGUUGGACGUUGACAGCGAUGGCAAAGUGACACAGGUGGAGUUUCAGGCUAAGUAUCCUACGGUUCUGAUGAUUCACGUCAACGCCGGUACCCCUGUUGGAAAAUAGUCGAGCCCUGCAGCGUUUUCCUUGAAUAAAACACUUAAAAAGAG